GCUACAACCAAGGAAUUCAUUCAGUUGCAUGUAUGUAUGUACGCUACUUCCGAGAAAAUGUAAAUAAAACGUAAUGAUUUAAUGAAUGACGCAUGGGUUGAGUUCUACGCGAUCGAGUGAUUAUGGUCGAUCUGAACGAAUAUAGAGAGAGUGUACAACAAAUUAGGCGAUACGCGGCCGUUCACAAUGUCUCGGAGGAGCAAACAUCAAAAAUAUUUCAAGCUUGCUUCCGACAAUUGGAGGCCAAGUACGCGAGAAAAUCGUCAAGUAAAUCGUCGAGGCCCUUGCGAAUUAUUCUAUCACUCGCUCUUGUCACCAUUGUAUUGUUAUGUUUGUUAAAUUAUAACCAAAACUGGUUGAACGCUGUAUUUAUAAGAAUCUCGCAAAAUUCCAUUUAUCCCGCUUUAUAUUUACUGCGUAAAGUGGCUAUACCAUUCAUCAGCCUGUAUCCAUCACUAACUGAAUUGUACGAUGAAUGGUGCUUGAUAGAGAAUCCGUAUUUCUACGUCAACGAUAUGGAUUGCUGGCCUUGCACCAUGGUUCAUUCCGUAUUAGAUUUGACUGGUCACAAUAUUAGCAGAUCUUUUAAUAUCGGUAUACCGUACACUCGAGCAGAAAACAACACAAGAGUUAAGAUGAAAGAUUUAUUCAAUUUAUAUUGGAACAAUCGAGACAUCUUUGAUGAAGAUGCCAAAAGAAUCUCCUCUAACAACGGAACUUUUAAAACUAUUCGCGAUGUCAUGAAUAACAGAUUGGAUACAUUUCGUACUGUUUUCUUUGCGACUCACGUAUCUUGGAGAGUGAAUCGUAUGAGGCCCAAUAGAUUACUGCGAAAGUUAUUUCCAAAGCCAGUCGAGGCUCCGAAUUGGUGGAGCCAGAGCACAGAGAAGUAUAUUUUCAUCGAUGAAUCGAGUUCACCACCCUACUCGUUGCCUAAUCCUGAGUGCAGCAAUAUUGUGAUACGGUGCGCAGCUGGCGCGAGAUUGAUAAAAAUGAUACCAAGCUCAGAGUGUUCUCAACAUUGCAAAUCUUCGACAAUUUUAUUGUCCGCUGGACAUACACUAUGGUACAAUUGGUGGUAUUGGAGACCCAUGAGUCUACCAGUAUACAACGCUACUGAUUUUUCUAUUGGUUAUUUAACUUCGUUUUGUUAAUAUAACCAAUAAGAAAGAUUGUGGAUACAUAUACCAAAAAAUGAUGACGAUGUAGCCAAUAAUGAUGAAGCCAUAUUUAAUAAAAUUUGAUAUAUUAAGAUUA